UCGCAUAUUAAAGGAUGAGGGAGUUCUGGCGUGUCUUUUAGAAAAAUUCCUUCUGAUGUGGACUCUGAGAUUGACAGUACAGUGAUAAUGAAAGUGAUAUUUUGGCUGAAGACAGCGAUCUUGAUUCACAAGUGCCAAGACCAGUGAUAUCUAAUGUUGUUUUUGAAAGUGAAAGUGAUAAUCGUUCUGAAAAUGACAGUGAUUACAGUUUCAGUUCUGAAGAUAAGGUCUGUGAAUUUUACAUGGGCGAGGGAUGAGAGUACAAUGCAUUCUGUUGAUUUUUUAGAGGAAGUUGGUGUCAAAGGAAACCUGAAAACUGAAGGUGAAGGUAUACUGCCAGCUGAUUUCUUUUUAUAUCUAUCUGAGGAUAAUAUGCUGGAACACAUAGUAUUCCAGACAAAUCUUUAUGCGACUCAGAAAGGUAUUCGCAAGUUUUUGUGUACCACCUGCAUUCAAAAUCCCUGUGGCAAGUGUAGCAUUAGACUUUCCACUAUACAGGUGCUGCGGAAAGAUUAACAGUUGUGUGAGGUUUUACUGUUACUGUACGUUCAUCAAAUACAAAGACUUCUUCUUGGAACUGGUUAAAUGGCUUUCACUGAAAAAUUACAUUAGUGUCACAUAUUGUCAUUAGAUAAAAGUUUUUCAG